AGCACUCUCACGCCUCUAUUAAUGGAACAAAUGCUACCUUCGCUGACUUUUGGACUGGAUUUUCCAUCCUCGCUCGACAUCAACUCGAUAGAUCCAAUUGUUUAUUUCCCUCCAAUCUCUCUUUCUUCGCUGAAAUUUCAGUCAGUCAGCAUGUCGACCGCAAACCUUGAACUUGCCCUGACCAUCCUGCAAACCCUCCUUCAAUGCGUCGCGGCCAUGCCCAGUCUUUCUGCCCUGUACGGUGUUGCCCGACAGGGGUGUGAGAGGAUGUAUACUCGUGCGGGUGUCUUUUUCAGAGGUCUACCUACUAUUUCCUUUUCCACAGUCUCUCUCUCUACAGAUCUUUUUAGCUCGCAUCAUUCCUGA